CCCAGAGUAACCGGCUUGCGGCGUGCGCUCCUCUCCUGUUGUCCUCUUUUCUUUUUUGGGGCGGGGAAAAGUCUAUGCGAUUGUUUGGUUUGGAAGAUACAAUUUGUGUUUGACGCUGUUGCAAGUCGCAUUCGUGCGCACCUCGAAGCAUCAUGGCUGCGAACAAGCAGGGCAAGAUGCAAAACCUCAUCAACUAUAGAAUGAGGGUGACAUUGAACGAUGGACGACAGAUGACUGGGCAGAUGCUCGCAUUUGAUAAGCAUAUGAAUUUGGUCCUCGCAGAUACAGAAGAGUUCCGCAAAGUAAAGCGCAGACAGGCCAAAGGACCCCAAGGCGGCAAUGGACCUUUGGUCGAGACUGAAGAGAAGAGAACACUAGGGCUUACGAUUGUCCGUGGGACGCAUGUUGUAUCGUGCUCUGUUGACGGACCACCUCCAGCCGAUCCCUCUGCACGAUUAGGCACUACAGUUCCCGGUGUCCCUGGCGCCGCACCACCCACGCUUGCGGCAGGACCGGGUAUCAGUAAACCAGCUGGACGUGGACUACCGGUUGGACUUGGGGGUCCAGCUGCGGGUGUUGGCGGGCCACCCCCACCAGCGGGAUUCGGUGGUUUUCCUCCAGGUGGCUUUCCUGGUGCACCGCCGCCAGGCUUUCCAGGAAGGGGAGUACCGCCUGGGCCUCCUGGUGGACCACCGGGUUUUGGGCCGCCUCCUGGCUUCGGAGGUCCUGGCGUGCCUGGUGGGCCGCCCGGAUUUCAACCACCACCUGGAUUCCAACCGCCUGGGCAAGGAAGAGGAAUGCCUCCUGGUAUGGGAGGACGGUAAUAUCGAGCUGAAGCCGCGAAUUACGAUGCAAGUUAAGUACGCACCGACCCCCAACCGGUCGAUAUUUACCAGAAAAUUACAUGCUUUCCCGGAACUGCGCUGCCUAGAUAAUUUCUUUUUCCUCGGACGGGUCUAUAUGUCGAACGGCGUUUUGCGGGAUGGUGAAUGAGGGCCAGAGCAUAAAAUAACAUUUUAUCCCUUUAACACGGGUAGUAAGGCACUGCUUCCGGCCUCAGC